UCUAUAAAGCAGCCACCCAGCAAUCUUCUCCAGUAGAAACGCCACUUCACAAAGCAGAGUAACAGACUCUCUCUCUCUCUCUCUCUUUUUCUCUCAAAUGGAAAAACCCAUGACCGAGCCAUGGAGACCCGACAUGCCCUUUUUCCGGCCACCGGAAACACCGCGGGAGCCCAUGGAGUUCCUCUCGCGUUCAUGGAGUGUGUCAGCCUUGGAGGUCUCAAAAGCCCUUGCUCCGCCACAAAUGGCUCUCUCUAAGGCCAUGAGUGGCUGUGCUGGCUGUGUGAUACAGGAGGACAUUGCUGGAGAGUUAGAUGAGAGUGCUACCGUUUCUGGGAACCCAUUUUCUUUUGCUUCCUCUGAGACCUCUCAGAUGGUCAUGGAAAGAAUCAUGUCACAGUCGGAGGUAUCCCCACGAACUUCAGGCAGGCUCUCACACAGCAGUGGCCCUCUUAAUGGUUCCUUAACCGACAGUCCUCCUGUCUCCCCGUCCGAGAUCGACGACGUCAAGUGUUGCCGUCAAAAUAACAGCGUUAACAGCCAGCACCGUACGCCCUCAGCUACGCCUAGUGUCGCUGGAGGUGGUGGUGGGGGCGGUGGUAAGACUGUUGGUAGGUGGUUGAAGGACAGGAGGGAGAAGAAAAAGGAGGAGACGAGGGCCCAUAAUGCCCAACUUCACGCUGCUAUAUCUGUAGCUGGUGUCGCUGCAGCUGUUGCUGCCAUCGCCGCUGCUACCGCAGCCUCUUCUGGGAAUGGUAAGGAUGAGCAAAUGGCGAAGACUGAUAUGGCGGUGGCCUCUGCUGCGACAUUGGUUGCAGCCCAAUGUGUGGAGGCUGCGGAGGCCAUGGGGGCGGAGCGUGAUCAUCUAGCUUCUGUUGUCAGCUCUGCUGUAAAUGUGCGUUCUCCGGGUGAUAUAAUGACAUUAACUGCUGCUGCAGCUACAGCUUUACGAGGGGCAGCGACAUUGAAGGCAAGAGCAUUGAAGGAGGUGUGGAACAUAGCAGCAGUUAUUCCUUUGGAGAAAGGAUUAGGCUUAGGUGGUGGAAAUGGUAGUAAUGGCAGUUCCAAUGGUAGUUUCAGUGGCGAACUUGUGCCUGAAGAUAAUUUCCUUGGGAUCUGCAGUAGGGAAUUGCUUGCCAGAGGCUAUGAGCUCCUCAAGCGCACUCGUAAAGGUGAUCUUCACUGGAAGAUAGUUUCUGUUUAUAUCAACAGAAUGAAUCAGGUUAUGUUGAAGAUGAAGAGCAGACAUGUUGCUGGGACCAUAACCAAAAAGAAAAAGAAUGUGGUGUUGGAAGUGAUCAAAGAUAUUCCUGCUUGGCCGGGGCGGCACUUGCUCGAGGGUGGCGAGAACCGGCGAUAUUUCGGAUUGAAGACCAUCUUGCGGGGUGUGGUGGAGUUCGAAUGCCAGAACCAGAGGGAAUAUGACAUGUGGACUCAAGGUGUGUCAAGGCUUCUGGCCAUGGCGGAAGAAAAGAACAAUAGGCAUAGAAUUUAAACUUUUAUACAAAAGGGGCAAAAAGCUUGGGAAAUGGGAAUGGGAAAACUGGGAUAAAUAGGAAAUAUAUGGCCCUAGACCUUACUGAAUUCUAUCAAUGUUUGUAUUGAAUGGGCUAAUAUUUUUUUUAUUUGUUUUUAUUUUUUGGGUUUUUUUGCUGUUCUGUAAAGGAGGAGAAAUCAAAGAUUCUAGUUAUCAACUAUCCAUAUAAGGAUUCUCUGUGUU